CCUCGCAGCUCUAGGGCCGGCGCGGUGACGUGCGAGUGCGCGCACUGGAGGGAAAAGGCGGAAGCGGAAGUCGGGGGGCGCGCCAGCUCGUAGCAGGGGAGCGCUUGCGGCGUUGGGUCUGGGCUGGAGGUCGCCAUGGGGCGAGGCAGCGGCACCUUCGAGCGUCUCCUAGACAAGGCGACCAGCCAGCUCCUGUUGGAGACAGAUUGGGAGUCCAUUCUGCAGAUCUGUGACCUGAUCCGCCAAGGGGACACGCAAGCAAAAUAUGCUGUGAAUUCCAUCAAGAAGAAAGUCAAUGACAAGAACCCACACGUCGCCUUGUAUGCCCUGGAGGUCAUGGAGUCUGUGGUAAAGAACUGUGGCCAGACAGUUCAUGACGAGGUGGCCAACAAGCAGACCAUGGAGGAGCUGAAGGACCUGCUGAAGAGACAAGUGGAGGUAAACGUCCGUAACAAGAUCCUGUACCUGAUCCAGGCCUGGGCGCAUGCCUUCCGGAACGAGCCCAAGUACAAGGUGGUCCAGGACACCUACCAGAUCAUGAAGGUGGAGGGACACGUCUUUCCAGAAUUCAAAGAGAGCGACGCCAUGUUUGCUGCCGAGAGAGCCCCGGACUGGGUGGAUGCUGAGGAAUGCCACCGCUGCAGGGUGCAGUUCGGGGUGAUGACCCGUAAGCACCACUGCCGGGCAUGUGGGCAGAUCUUCUGCGGAAAGUGUUCUUCCAAGUACUCCACCAUCCCCAAGUUCGGCAUUGAGAAGGAGGUGCGCGUGUGUGAGCCCUGCUACGAGCAGCUGAACAGGAAAGCCGAAGGAAAGGCCACUUCCACCACUGAGCUGCCCCCCGAGUACCUGACCAGCCCCCUGUCUCAGCAGUCCCAGCUGCCCCCCAAGAGGGAUGAGACGGCCCUGCAGGAGGAGGAGGAGCUGCAGCUGGCCCUGGCGCUGUCACAGUCAGAGGCGGAGGAGAAGGAGAGGCUGAGACAGAAGUCCACGUACACUUCGUACCCCAAGGCGGAGCCCACGCCCUCGGCCUCCUCAGCGCCCCCCGCCAGCAGCCUGUACUCUUCACCUGUGAACUCAUCAGCGCCUCUGGCUGAGGACAUUGACCCUGAGCUCGCACGGUAUCUCAACCGGAACUACUGGGAGAAGAAGCAGGAGGAGGCUCGCAAGAGCCCCACGCCGUCUGCACCCGUGCCCCUGACGGAGCCGGCUGCACAGCCUGGGGAGGGGCACGCAGCCCCCACCAACAUGGUGGAGAACCCCCUCCCGGAGACAGACUCUCAGCCCACUCCUCCCUCUGGUGGCCCCUUUAGUGAGCCACAGUUCCACAAUGGCGAGUCCGAGGAGAGCCACGAGCAGUUCCUGAAGGCGCUACAGAACGCCGUCACCACCUUCGUGAACCGCAUGAAGAGUAACCACAUGCGGGGCCGCAGCAUCACCAACGACUCGGCCGUGCUCUCACUCUUCCAGUCCAUCAACAGCAUGCACCCACAGCUGCUGGAGCUGCUCAACCAGCUGGACGAGCGCAGGCUGUACUAUGAGGGGCUGCAGGACAAGCUGGCACAGAUCCGCGAUGCCCGGGGGGCGCUGAGUGCCCUGCGUGAAGAGCACCGGGAGAAGCUUCGCCGGGCAGCCGAGGAGGCAGAGCGCCAGCGCCAGAUCCAGCUGGCCCAGAAGCUGGAGAUAAUGCGGCAGAAGAAGCAGGAAUACCUGGAGGUGCAGAGGCAGCUGGCCAUCCAGCGCCUGCAGGAGCAGGAGAAGGAGCGGCAGCUGCGGCUGGAGCAGCAGAAGCAGACGGUCCAGAUGCGCGCGCAGAUGCCCGCCUUCCCCCUGCCCUACGCCCAGCUCCAGGCCAUGCCCGCAGCCGGAGGCGUCAUCUACCAGCCCUCGGGACCAGCCAGCUUCCCCAGCACCUUCAGCCCCGCCGGCUCAGUGGAGGGCUCCCCCAUGCAUGGCGUGUACAUGAGCCAGCCGGCCCCUGCUGCUGGCCCCUACCCCAGCAUGCCUGGCACCGCGGCUGAUCCUAGCAUGGUGAGUGCCUACAUGUACCCAGCAGGGGCCACUGGGGCGCAGGCGGCCCCCCAGGCCCAGGCCGGACCCACCGCCAGCCCCACUUACUCAUCCUACCAGCCUACUCCCACAGCAGGCUACCAGAACGUGGCCUCCCAGGCCCCACAGAGCCUCCCGGCCAUCUCUCAGCCUCCGCAGUCCAGCACCAUGGGCUACAUGGGGAGCCAGUCGGUCUCCAUGGGCUACCAGCCUUACAACAUGCAGGGCUACUCUCUCACAUCUGGCAUCUGCUCACAACAGAAUCUCAUGACCACCCUCCCAAGCCAGGACGCAUCUCUGCCACCCCAGCAGCCCUACAUCUCGGGGCAGCAGCCCAUGUACCAGCAGAUGGCACCCUCUGGCGGUCCCCCCCAGCAGCAGCCCCCAGUGGCCCAGCAGCCGCAGGCGCAGGGGCCGCCGGCACAGGGCAGCGAGGCCCAGCUCAUUUCAUUCGACUGACCCAGGCCAUGCUCACGUCCGGAGUAACACUACAGUUCACCUGAAACGCCUCGUCUCUAACUGCCGUCGUCCUGCCUCCCUGUCCUCUACUGCUGGUAGCGUCCCUUCUCUGCGAGUGAGGGGGGGCCUUCACCCCAGGCCCACCUCUUUUCUUGUCCUCAGCCUUCUGCAGUCCCUGAGUUGGUCUCUGCUUUCUUUCCCCAGGGCUGGGCCAUGGGGAGGGAAGGACCUUCUCCCAGGGGAAGCCCCCAGCCCUGUGGGUCAUGGUCUGUGAGAGGUGGCAGGAAUGGGGACCCUCACCCCCCUGCCAGCCGCCUGUGCCCUCUGGCCCGUGAGCUGGCUGUGACGUCUGGGUGUGGCCUGGGGCUCCCUCUGCAGGGGCCUCUCGGCAGCCACAGCCAAGGGUGGAGGCUUCAGGUCUCCAGCUUCUCUGCUUCUCAGCUGUGAUCUCCAGUGCCCCAGAAUGGUACAGCGAUAAUAAAAUGUACUUCAGAAAGCA